CUUCUGCGCAGGCGCACUCAUCUCGCGCCCCCUAGUUGCGCGCGCAUCUGACGCCUGACGCGUGUGCGUCAACGCCAUUUUAGCCGGUCCCGCUCCGCAUUGGGCGCGGCGGCCAUUUUGUUUUGGACCUCGAGCGGGAGUUGGCGGUGGAGCGCUGGUGUUACAGACGAAAGGCAGGAAAAGGCAGGCCGGGCGAGCAGGCUGAUCGGCCGGCGACUAGCGAGCCAGCCCCCAGCGAGCGAGCCUCGCCAUCUACCGCUUACGCUUCAGACCAACCGCCCAUCUAGUCAACCCGAGCCCCUCCGUCGCCCGUCCGGGUUCGGCCGGUCCCCGGCCCGCCCGCCGCAGCCGCGGUGGCAGCCCCGGGAGGAGCUCUGGCGUCCGUCUCCUUCGAUCCUCGGGAUUUGAAGAUGGCUGCCCAGUCAGCGCCGAAAGUUGUGCUAAAAAGCACCACCAAGAUGUCUCUAAAUGAGCGCUUUACUAAUAUGCUGAAGAACAAACAGCCGAUGCCAGUGAAUAUUCGGGCUUCGAUGCAGCAACAACAGCAGCUAGCCAGUGCCAGAAACAGAAGACUGGCCCAGCAGAUGGAGAAUAGACCCUCUGUCCAGGCAGCAUUAAAACUUAAGCAGACUUUAUAUGCGAGUCCGGACAGUGGCUGUGGAAGGAUAUGUCCAAGCUGUGGCUGGGCGUCUGGAGGGCGGUGCCAUGCAACUAAGAGCUUAAAGCAGCGCCUGGGUAAGAGUAACAUCCAGGCACGGUUAGGCCGACCCAUAGGGACCCUGGCCAGGGGAGCCAUUGGAGGACGAGGCCUGCCCAUAGUCCAGAGAGGCUUGCCCAGAGGAGGACUUCGAGGGGGACGUGCCACCAGAACCCUGCUCAGGGGCGGGGUGUCGCUCCGAGGUCAAAACCUGCUUCGAGGCGGACGAGCCGUAGCUCCCCGAAUGGGCUUGAGAAGAGGUGGUGUUCGAGGUCGUGGAGGUCCUGGGAGAGGGGGCCUAGGGCGUGGAGCUAUGGGUCGUGGCGGAAUCGGUGGUAGAGGUCGGGGUAUGAUAGGCCGGGGAAGAGGGGGCUUCGCAGGCCGAGGCCGAGGCCGUGGACGGGGAAGAGGUGCCCUUACUCGCCCGGCCCUGACCAAGGAGCAGCUGGACAACCAGUUGGAUGCCUACAUGUCAAAAACUAAAGGACACCUGGAUGCGGAGUUGGAUGCCUACAUGGCACAGACAGACCCUGAAACCAAUGAUUGAAGCUUGCCUGCCCCCGAGAGACUCAUUAAAGUUACCACAUCUGUAAAUAACCUUGGAUGACAGAUGAGAAUGAGAAACCUGAUUGAUGCGAGAAGGACCUAUCCUAACAGGCUGUGGACUUACCUGCCUCCAGUGUGCAUUUGGUGUGUUCCUUUUACCCUUGACCCUUUUCCUUUGAUCUGGGUAGGUGUGUGUUGUUGUUUCCUUCGCCCAGUCUUCUCUUUGAACAUGAAUGUGUUGGCCUUGGGGUGGAGCGCUUCUCCUACCUGUGCCUCCUCUCACCCAGUGUACACUCUGACAUUCGGAUGUUUCCUGUGUUUGUCUCUGUGUUUGUCCCACCACCAGGUCUCAGGCGGAGCAGUGUUCCUCCCUCGUGCCUUGGCUUCUGAGUUGGAAUUGUGUUGUACAUCCUCUGUGCUCGGCUCUCAGUGUUAAGAGAGUCUUCAUUCAAAAAAGCAUUCAGCUGUGUUGCUGUAGAAGCAUUGACAUUGCUACAGGGCCGCGUUACGGGUACCACAUGGUGACAGCCAUGUGCACUUUCUGCCCCGCUGGAAUUCCGAGGCUUCUCCCUGGGCCCUGUAUCUUGGCCAAAGAGGUUGCCUUGGCCUCUCCCUGGACCAUAGAGGAAGAAGCCAGUUGGUUUGGUACAUGGAACAGAAGGAAGAAGGAACGGGAGUGGUGGCAGGCGGACUAACUGCUGGUUGAAAUGCCAUUACCCUUGUGUUUGUUUGAGCUUCUCUAUUUAAUGGCUUUAUUUGACCCUAUUUCCCUUAAAGGUUUAAGUUCGACCAUAACCUGUCAGUUGUAGUUUCAGUGGAAUCUUGUAUUUCUGGCUCUUUACAACAAAUUGUUCUCUCAGAUCCAUC